GCUGCAUCACAGCAGCCUCAGCGGCUAGAGUAGUACUGGUGACCGGGGGGGACGGGAUAUCCACCAUCAAAUUCAUUGAUAGAACAGGACUACUGACUGUGCAGCACUGACAGCAUCCUAACACGGGGGUACGCGACAGGAACUGGUUGCAGGACGAUAAUACCCCUCCAGCUGUUGGGAUAUGGCCAGGCCGGAACAGGUUCUGCUCUUGGAGCCUCAGCACGAACUGAAAUUCAGAGGUCCAUUUUCAGAUGUGGUCACCACGAAUCUUAAGCUCUCCAACCCUACAGACAGGAAUGUGUGUUUUAAGGUGAAGACGACGGCGCCGCGCCGGUACUGCGUGCGGCCAAACAGUGGCAUCAUCGAUGCAGGCACCUCAAUCAAUGUCUCAGUUAUGCUGCAGCCUUUUGACUACGAUCCAAAUGAAAAAAGCAAGCAUAAGUUUAUGGUCCAGUCCAUGAUAGCGCCUCCUGACAUGACCGACAUGGAAGGAGUGUGGAAGGAGGCAAAGCCAGAGGAUCUGAUGGAUUCAAAGCUGAGGUGUGUUUUUGACGUGCAACUGGAGAAUGAAAAAUCGCACGACAUGGAGUCCAACAAGUCGUCAGCCAGCUUGCUGAAGUCCGAGUCCUCCACGCUGUCUUCGAAAUCGCUGAGCUCCACCCUGGACGACGGCGAAGUAAAAAAGAUCAUGGAGGAGUGCAAGAGGCUGCAGAUGGAGGCUCAGAGGCUACGGGAAGAAAACAAACAAAUUAGAGGGGAUGAUGGUGUGAGGAUGAGGAAGAGUAACAUCAUGUCAUCCCAGCAUGCCUCAGUUGCCAUGAAGAAAGAGGACGGGCUGAGCGCCCGCUCGUUGGCCCUCAUCGUGCUCUUCUUCCUCGUCGGCGUCGUGGUGGGCAAGUUGGUCUUGUAGAGCGCAGCGGAGGGGUCGGCUGCAGCAUGCUUUCGGUGGAUGAAAACACAGGAUGUGGGAUUUUUGAUCAAAAUGCCAUAUCUGCUGGGUGGGAGGGGUUACUAGUUUUGAUUCAGCCCCAUUUAUGUAAAAAGUCAAAUCAAAUGGUAAUUUAUGAGAGAAAAGAGGAAAAAAUGACUCGUCAUCCUAUGAACAACAACAACUGUUACAGGUCUGUAAUCAUCACAUCAUCAUUCUGC